UUCCUUCUUUUGAUUUCCGGAGAGCCUAAAAAUGGUGCAGCGUUUGACUUUGAGGCGACGUCUGUCGUACAACACCCGCUCCAACAAGAGGCGCAUUGUGCGCACUCCCGGAGGCCGUCUGGUGUACCAGUACGUGAAGAAGAACCCCACUGUUCCACGCUGUGGCCAGUGCAAGGAGAAGCUGCACGGGAUCACCCCGUCCAGGCCCAGCGAGCGUCCCAGGAUGUCCAAGCGCCUGAAGACCGUUUCCAGGACCUACGGCGGAGUCCUGUGCCACGGCUGCCUGCGCGAGCGCAUCGUCCGCGCCUUCCUCAUCGAGGAGCAGAAGAUCGUCAAGGCGCUGAAGAGCCAGCGCGAGGCUCUGGUCAAGCCCGUCAAGAAGGUGGUGGAGAAGAAGCCGGCGAAGGCCAAGGCUGCCGCCAAGAAGCCGGUGGGAAAGUCGGCCGGAAAGCCCGGAGCCAAGGCCGUCGGCAGGAAGCCCGCCCCCAAGGGCGUCCUCAAGUCCAAGAAGUAAACCCCUGACCCACCAACCCAGGGGAUCUGAUUUUGGACUGCUUUUUGUAAUAAAUAAACCACAAACUGGACACGUUACCAACACCUUUUAAUCCUCAGUUGAUAGUGAGAGUGAUAUUAGCUUUGUUCCUAACUCAAAAAGCAGUUUAUAGUUUCAGAACCAAACCAUCAGAUGAUUUUUUAUAAAAAAUGUUUAACAACCAACCAA